CGUACUCUCAUAUGCACAGCGACAAUUGUGAGUGGCAAUAGUACAGUGGCAAACAAAAAUUCAAUUAUGAAAAGAUUUCUGGGUAUCGUUAUUGCGAUUGCAUUUGCAGUAACUACAAGUUCGGCUGUCAAUUGCACUAAUAAUAUAUGCCUGGCAAGUGGAACGCAGCACACUAUGUGCAAGUAUACGAAUUCGAAUGCGUCAGUAGCCUGUGGCCAAGUACAAUCUAUGGGAUUCUCAGACAUAGAACGAAGGGAAAUACUUGAUGCAAUCAACAUGCAGAGAUCACGGGUGGCUCAGGGUCGUGAAACGAAAGGAAAUCCAGGACCACAACCACCGGCAUCGAAUAUGCAAGUAUUGUUUUGGGACAGCGAAUUAGCGGAAAUUGCUCAGAGAUGGGCAAACCAGUGCAAUUACGCUUAUGAUACAUGCAGACACGUUGAUAGAUUCCUUGUCGGGCAAACCGUGUAUAGCGAAUCGCGUUAUGCAAGUGUGAGUACGACACUAUCACAGGUAGUGGCCUCGUGGUACAAUCAAGUACAAAGGAUGGACCGCAAACAAGUUCCCCGACUUACAAGUACCAACGGCGUGAGUGAUUAUACUCAAUUAGUUUGGGCUAAAACGAAUAGGCUUGGUUGCGGUAAAAUAAAGUACAAAAUAGGUUCGUCCAUGUAUUUGUAUGUGGUAUGCAAUUAUGGUCCAAGCGGUAAUUUUUUGACCGAUCCAGUGUACGAAAUCUAAAUACAACGAAAAUAGUUUGAAAAACAAUGUCUCAAUUGAUAUGAACUAAUAAAAGAAGAACAAAGGUAUAGCUUCAUAAGAUUA